AUGAGGAAUUUAAAAAGACUGGUAUCUAUUGUUAAGAAAAUGAUAGUUAUAGCAAAAUAUAUUAUGAUUAUGAAGUUUAAUAGGUCAUUCUAGGAUUAAUUAGAUAUUCACUAAAUUAAAUGGAUGAGAAAGAACAAGCACUUAAUUUAAUAUAUGAUUUUGUUGAUGAAAGAAGAUAUUUAACACAUGAAGGUGCUCCUCCAAAAGCAAUUGCAAACUUUUGGAAAUUAAUAUAAGGAUCUUUUAUUAAUGUUCAGAAUGAAUUUUUUUUUAUUAAAAUUUAAUUAAAGGAUUAACUUUUUAAAAUGA